AUGGAUGAGUGUGUCGGGGGAGGGGCAAGGCCAGAGGAGGGACCGCGGUUUGGUGUUGGGCCACGGGCGCGCUGGGCGGAGUUGGCGGCUGGGAAUUGUGCGAGACGUGGCGGGUUUGCCGGACGAGGAGGUGGUGGCAUCAGCGAUGGAGCUGAGCCCUGCGACGGCGCAGAAGAGGAUGCUGGCACGGAAUCAGAGUACUCAUCGUCGCCUAUAGAGAAGCUGGGCACGGGCUGUGAAGGUAUCGCUGGCGAUGCCUUGGGCGUCGUUUGCUCCUCGCCAUGUUGGUCAGCAUUGAAGGGACUCUGGGAACUGGACGCUGGCGAGGCUAUCGACGCUAAUGGCGGCAUGGAGCCUUUGCCAAUAACCUCCCGAGUAGCUGACGGGGUGUCCUCCGAGGAGAUGGCUCCGGUAUGUUCCCCCCGAUCGAGCCUCGCGGCGUCCCGAUGGAGGGUCAGCCCCGAUGCUGCCUCUGAGGAAGGCUCUCCAUUGCAAGAGCCAUGGGGGCAACCAACCCGGUGGUCGGAAAAAUACCCAAACAACAGAGGCGACGAUAAGCGAGAUCCCCACGGCUACCAUCGUCUGCGGACGUCAUACGAUGGUGGGAUGGUUUGCGGGAUCGAGAGGGGCGUUGAAGAUUUCACACCCAUGUUCUGUUCUCUCGGAAUGGAGACAUGCAAGGGGGGGGAGGUUUGA